CCUACGGCAAAGGCCGACGACAGAUGUCAUGUGAAGCAUAAGUGCUGGGAAAGUAACGCCUCGCUCUUUAAACUCGCAUUUACCCAUGACAAAAUCUUGCUUCUGUUUAGUGUUGUGUUGUGCUUCAGGUCUAAAGUUGAAACACAAUCUUUGUCAUUACAAUUCGUGACAGCCAUCAGUAAUAUCUAAACAUUUCGACGUAAAUCAUUAAGCAGUGAAAAAUGGCGGAUCCUGGAGUAAAUUAUGAUAUGAACGAUCCUGAAUUAAAAUACUUGGUGGUUGAUCGUAAAUUAAUAAAUGAUCCAACCGCUCAAGCAGAUUGGACAGCCAAAAGAUUGAUUUGGAUACCACAUGAAGUCCAUGGAUUUGUUGCUGCUAGUAUUAAGAAAGAAAAAUUUGAUGAAUUGGAAGUAGAGAUCAUAGAAACAAAUAAAAGAUGUGUUGUAGCAAAAGAUGAUGUACAAAAAAUGAAUCCACCACGCUUUUCUAAAGUCGAAGAUAUGGCUGAGUUGACAUGUUUGAAUGAAGCUUCUGUUUUGCAUAAUCUAAAAGACCGGUACUACUCAGGGCUUAUAUAUACAUAUUCCGGUUUAUUUUGUGUUGUCGUGAAUCCGUACAAACGUCUUCCAAUUUACACAGAGAAAGUUAUUGAACUGUAUAAAGGCAAGAAGAGGCAUGAAGUACCUCCACAUAUAUUUGCUGUCACUGAUGGUGCUUAUCGGAGUAUGUUGCAAGAUCGAGAAGACCAGUCUAUACUUUGCACAGGUGAAUCUGGAGCUGGCAAAACAGAGAAUACUAAAAAAGUCAUUCAGUAUUUAGCAUAUGUAGCCUCAUCUAAACCAAGAUCAUCAUCAGUUCAUCACUCUAAUGGACCUACUCCUGCCCAAAUUAUAGGUGAAUUAGAACAACAAUUAUUGCAAGCUAAUCCAAUCUUAGAAGCAUUUGGAAAUGCAAAAACUGUAAAAAAUGACAAUUCAUCCCGUUUUGGGAAGUUUAUUCGCAUUAAUUUUGAUGCUUCAGGAUUUAUUGCAGGUGCCAACAUAGAAACAUACCUUCUAGAAAAGUCACGUGCUAUUCGUCAAGCAAAAGAUGAACGAACUUUUCAUAUAUUUUAUCAGAUGCUGUCUGGCACAACUCCUGAUCAAAAAAAGGAAUUCCUUUUAGAAGAUGCCAAGAAUUACAGGUUUCUAACGUGUGGUGGUUUGGCUGUACCUGGUGUUGAUGAUGCUUAUGAAUUUCGAAAUACUGUUAGUGCUAUGUCUAUAAUGGGUCUUUCUACAGAAGAUUUAUGUUCUAUAUUUAAAGUAUUAUCUGCUGUCCUUUUGUUUGGUAACAUGGAUUUUCAACAAGAAAGGAAUUCAGAUCAAGCCUUUUUGAUGGAAACCACAGUUGCACAAAAAAUUGGAACAUUACUUGGGCUAAAAGUGACUGAUAUGACAAGAGCAUUUAUUAGGCCACGAAUUAAAGUUGGACGAGAUUUUGUCAGUAAAGCGCAAACUAAAGAGCAGGCUGAAUUCUCAGUUGAAGCUAUUGCAAAAGCAUGCUAUGAAAGAUUAUUUAGAUGGUUAGUGAAUAGGAUUAAUCGUUCACUUGAUCGAACAAAACGACAGGGUGCUUCAUUUAUUGGUAUUUUAGAUAUUGCUGGUUUUGAAAUAUUUGAGCUUAAUUCCUUUGAGCAAUUGUGUAUAAAUUAUACAAACGAAAAACUGCAACAACUGUUUAAUCAUACUAUGUUUGUGCUGGAACAAGAAGAGUAUCAAAGAGAAGGAAUUGAAUGGAAAUUCAUUGAUUUUGGAUUAGAUCUUCAACCUACCAUUGAUUUGAUUGAAAAACCAAUGGGGAUUUUAGCACUUUUGGAUGAAGAAUGCUGGUUUCCCAAAGCUACUGUUAAAACUUUUGUUGAUAAACUUGAUACAUCUCAUGCUAUGCAUCCGAAAUAUAUAAAAUCUGAUUUCAGAGCAAAUGCUGACUUUAGUAUAAUUCAUUAUGCUGGAAAAGUGGAUUAUUCUGCUGAUAAAUGGCUUUUGAAAAACAUGGAUCCUUUAAAUGAAAAUAUAGUUUCCCUCUUGCAGAGUUCUCAAGAUCCAUUUGUUGUUCACAUUUGGAAAGAUGCUGAAAUUGUCGGUAUGGCUGCUGCUACAAUGGGUGAUACUCAGUUUGGUGCUAGAACAAGAAAAGGAAUGUUUAGAACUGUUAGCCAGCUCUAUAAAGAACAAUUAGCUAAAUUGAUGGCAACAUUACGUAAUACUAAUCCAAAUUUUGUACGUUGUAUUAUUCCAAAUCAUGAAAAAAGGGCAGGUAAAAUCGAUGCCCUACUUGUGUUAGAUCAAUUACGUUGUAAUGGUGUAUUAGAAGGAAUAAGAAUAUGUAGGCAAGGUUUUCCAAACAGAAUUGCAUUUCAGGAAUUUAGACAAAGAUAUGAAUUACUUACUCCAAAUGCAAUUCCUAAAGGAUUUAUGGAUGGAAAAUUAGCCUGUGAAAGAAUGAUUUAUGCUUUAGAUUUGGAUCCAAAUUUGUAUAGAAUUGGCCAAAGUAAAAUAUUUUUCAGAGCUGGAGUUUUAGCUCAUUUGGAAGAAGAAAGAGAUCUGAAAAUAUCAGAUUUAAUUAUUCAAUUUCAAGCAUUUUGUCGUGGUGCUUUAUCCAGAAGAAAUUUCCAUAAGCGCUUACAACAACUGAAUGCCAUUCGAAUUAUUCAAAGAAAUUGUGCUGCUUACUUAAAGCUGAGAAACUGGGCAUGGUGGCGGUUAUAUACAAAGGUAAAACCUUUACUUCAAGUGACUAAACAAGAAGAAAAGCUCAGUGCUAAAGAAGAUGAACUAAGACAAGUAAAGGAAAAAAUGGAAAAAGCAGAAAAUGAAGUUUCAGAAUUGAACCAGAAGCUCCAACAGUUACAAGAAGAAAAGACAACACUUGCAGAACAACUUCAAGCAGAAACAGAACUUUGUGCUGAAGCUGAAGAAUUAAGAUUAAGGCUACAGGCUAGAAAACAGGAAUUAGAAGAUAUUUUACAAGAUAUGGAAGCUAGAAUAGAAGAAGAAGAGGAACGCAAUCAAAAUCUUACUGCUGAAAAGAAAAAGUUGCAAAUAACGAUUCAAGAUCUUGAAGAACAACUCGAAGAAGAAGAAGGUGCAAGACAAAAACUACAAUUAGAGAAAGUAACACUAGACUCAAAAAUAAAGAAAAUAGAGGAAGACUAUGCUUCACUAGCAGACAGUAAUCAAAAAGUUCUAAAAGAAAGGAAAGCGUUAGAAGAAAAAUUGCUUGAAGUUUCUCAAAAUCUUACUGAAGAAGAAGAGAAAUCUAAACAUUUGUCUAAAUUAAAAGCUAGACAUGAAGCAACCAUAGCAGAAAUUGAUGAAAAAUUGCGAAGAGAACAACAGGUUAGGCAAGAACUUGAAAGAGCUUCCCGAAAGACAGAAUCUGAACUUAAUGAUGUAAAAGAACAACUGGUGGAAAAGAAACAGCAAGUUGAAGAAAUUCAGGCACAUCUAGCCAGAAAAGAAGAAGAAUUGACUCAAGCACUUAAUAGGUGUGAUGAAGAAAUCAUUGCUAAAGCACAAGCUCAAAAAAUGCUUCGAGAAUUGGAAAAUCAAUUAACUGAGGCCCAGGAAGAUUUGGAAGCUGAGAAAGAAGCUAGAGCAAAAGCUGAAAAACUCAAAAGGGAUUUGAAUGAGGAAUUAGAAGCAUUGAAAAAUGAGUUAUUGGACUCUAAUAAUUCUUCAGCCACACAACAGGCUUUAAGAACAAAAAUGGAAGAAGAAUUGAAUUUCUUGAAAAGAAACUUAGAAGAAGAGACUGCUUUACAUCAAAAUCAAAUUGGUGAUUUGAGGCAGAAGCAUAAUGUAGUUGUUGAAAAGUUAAAUGAACAGCUGGAUUCCAUACAAAAGGCUAAAUCAGCUUUAGAAAAAGCUAAAAACAAUUUGGAAAAUGAGAACAGUACAUUGUCAUCUGAGUUGCAAACUCUGUCAUCUGCACGACAAGAAUCAGAGAGACGUAGGAAACAGUUGGAAAAUCAGGCUCAAGAACUUGCCAUGAAGUUAGAAGAUGUAGAAAGAAACAAAGGUGAAAUGGCUGAGAGGGUUCAAAAAUUGCAGGCUGAACUGGAAUCAGUCAGUGCUCAGUUUGAAGACAUGGAAAGUAAAGCAACUCAAGCUUUAAAAAGUGUUUCUACUUUGGAAUCGCAGCUUGCAGAGAGUCAUGAACAGCUGCAAGAUGAAACUAGGCAAAAAUUAGCUCUUAGUUCCAGAUUAAGACAACUAGAGAGUGAGCGUGAAAAUUUGCAAGAACAACUUGAUGAAGAGGAGGAGGCUAAAAAAAGUUUAGAAAAACAACUUGGAGCUUUGAAUGCCCAGAUUAUUGAAUAUAAAAAGAAGGCCGAUGAAGAAGCAGAUGCAGCAGCUGCUUUAGAAGAACAGAAGAAGAAGUUAUUGAAAGAUCAUGAUGCUUUGCAGCAUAAAUUUGAAGAACUGCAAGCAGCUCAUGAAAAAUUGGAUAAAUCCAAGCGGAAGCUACAAUCAGAGGUUGAAGAUCUUACUAUUGAGCUUGACAGUCAGCGAGCUAAAGUGUCUGAUUUAGAAAAAAGGCAAAGGAAAUUUGAUCAACUUCUUGCUGAAGAAAAGGCAAUAUCUGAAAGAAUGGCACAAGAGAGGGACAAUGCUGAGCGAGAAGUGAGAGAGAAAGAAACUAAAAUACUGUCCCUCAUGCGUGAUUUGGAAGAAAAAGAGGAACGUAAUGAAGAACUUGAAAGAGUAAGGAAACAGUUACAAGCUGAAUUGGAUGAGCUAGUCAAUAGUCAGGGAACAGCAGAUAAAAAUGUUCAUGAACUGGAAAAGGCUAAAAGAAUCCUUGAAGGUCAAUUAGAAGAACAGAAGCAUCAAAUUGAAGAAUUAGAAGAUGAAUUACAAUUGACAGAAGAUGCAAAAUUGAGAUUAGAAGUAAACAUGCAAGCAUUGAAAGCUCAACUAGAAAGAGAUUUACAAGCCAGAGAUGAGCAAAAUGAAGAGAAACGGAAAUCUUUGAUCAAACAAGUACGAGAUCUUGAAGCAGAGCUUGAAGAUGAACGUAAACAAAGAGGUGCAGCUAUUGCCGCAAGAAAAAAACUGGAUGCUGAUUAUAAGGAUUUGGAACAACAAUUAGAAAUUGCUAAUAAAGUGAAGGAUGAUGCUGUGCGACAACUGAAAAAAUUACAGAAUCAGAUGAAAGACUUCCAAAGAGAAGUAGAAGAAGCACGUUUAUCUCGAGAAGAUUUAAUUUCACAAGCUAAAGAAGCUGAAAAGAAACAAAAACUUCUGGAAGCAGAAUUGAUUCAACUUCAGGAAGAUUUGUCUAAUUCUGAACGGGCAAGAAAAGCUGCUGAAGCUGAAAGAGAUGAGUUACAUGAAGAAAUCAAUAACAAUGCUUCUAAAGGGAAUCUUUUGAUUGAUGAGAAGAGGAGACUAGAAGCUAGGAUUCAACAGCUUGAAGAAGAGAUGGAAGAAGAACAAGGAAAUUCUGAAGGUCUUUUGGAAAAAGCCAGGAAGUGUCAAACACAGAUUGAACAAUUGUCAGCUGAACUUGCUUCAGAAAAGACGACAACCCAGAUGUUGGAAAAUAGUAGAAUACUUCUAGAAAGACAAAACAAAGAAUUGAAAUUAAAGCUUCAAGAAGUUGAAAGUUCUCAGAGAGCUAAAUCUAAGACAGCAAUAUCAUCCUUGGAAUCUAAACUUGCACAUUUGGAAGAGCAACUGGAAGAAGAAACCAGAGAGAAACAAAAUAUUGCCAAAUCUAGUCGUAAGCUUGAAAAACGUGUUAAGGAAUUAUUGCUGCAAUUAGAUGAUGAAAGAAGGCAUGCUGAUCAGUAUAAAGAACAAUUAGAGAAGACAAACAAUCGCAUGAAAAAUCUGAAGAGAUUGUUGGAUGAAUCUGAAGAAGAGUGUUCAAAGGAAAAAGCUGCGAAGAGAAAAGUACAAAGAGAACUUGACGAUCUUCAUGAAAACUGUGAAAACUUACAGAGAGAGGUGACAAACUUAAAAAACAAAAUGAGGAGAGGUGGAAGUGGUUCUGCAUCCCGAUUAGGCAACCUGAGUUCUAAAAGAGGAUCAGUAACUCUUGGAAUGAGUGAGGACAGCAGUCCUACUUUAUCAUUGGCCGAUGAUUCUCCCAAUGAAGAUAGUCAAGUUUAGUGCAUUGGAAUUUAUGCUCUAGCACUACUAACAAAGGUCUUUAACCCGGGAGGCAUUUUAUUAAGGAAACUGAUAUGAAAACAUUCCUAAUUCAAUCAUGUUAUUUUUCAUUUGCAACUAAUCAGAAGAUCUUUUUUUAUGGCAGUUGCGUGGUCAGUAAAUAUUGCCUCUACUUAUAGACUUCAUUCCUAUGUUCAUUCUUUUUUCAUGCCUGAGUUAUUGAUUGACUGUUGAAGGAUCAAAAAUAAGAGCAGUUAAAUGGUUGUUAUGCAGUUAUCCGUUUAACUACAGCAUUAAGAUACUAAGAGCUUUAACAGAAAGCAGUAAAAUUUUAACUGCUCUUCUUAAUAAACUGACUACCUUUUUAAAUUUUGUUGUAAUUUGAAGAAGCAAAGACGUUUUUUUAUUUGGACAGUUUGACUACAAGAGUUUUGUAUUGUGUUCAUAUUUUUUUUAAGUUGAAAUUUUUUAAAUCAGUUGAAAUGAAAUUUCUUUACAUUGCUCAUCAAAGUUUCUUACUUGAAGAAGCCUCCAAAUUUUUGCAGUUUUGUGUGCAAUAAAUGGCCUUUUUGUAGCAAACUUUUUUUAAUCUUAGAAAAUGUUGAGAUAAAAAAAGAGAAAAAGAAUUUGCUUGGAGAUUACUGAAAUGCCUUAUUUAAAGCUAUGCAUGAUAAGAAUGUGCCUGUUUUGGUACAGUGAUUGAACUAAGUUGAAUUCUUAUUUUUAUAUGAUCAAUGAAAACAGUAUGUUUCUGUAAAUUGAAUAUUGAUUAAAGGGUUGAAUUCUACAAAAUGUGUUUU